UGUCUCAGCGCUGUGUGACUACAACCAUGGGAACUCUGAAAAUGUCUGCUGGAGUUUUUGUUCUAGUGUUGGCUCUCAAUUUGUUUCUGGGUUCUGGUGUGUUUGCCACAGACCUCACAAGCAUGUCUGACGCUCUGUCUGACAUUCUAAUCAAACUUCAAGCUAUGCAUGGAACUAUAAAUGAAAACCGAAACAAGCUUCAGUCAAUCCCAAGCAAACUUCAAGAUCUGAAAGAAACGGUACAAGAGAAUCAAAACAAGCUUCAGGCAAUACCAAGCAAAUUUGAAUAUCUUACGGAAAGCCUGCAAGAUAAUCACAUCAAGCUCGAAACUAUAGAAGGAACUGUACAAGAUAAUCAAAACAGACUCCUGGCUAUUCCAAACAAAUUGCAAACGCUUCAAGAAACUGUACAACACAACAAAAAGCUACUACAUGAAUUGGAGAUGAUAUUUCCCAUUCCUAUUGAAAUUUGCAAAAUUAAUAUGAAGAGACCAUUUUUUAAUAAAUACCUCGCGAUCGAUGGUGAAAAACUGGCUUUAUGUGAUACAGAAACUGAUGGUGGAGGUUGGAUUGUGAUUCAGAGACGUAUCAAAGGUGAUGUGAACUUUACAAGAACUUGGAACGAUUAUAAAAAUGGAUUUGGUUCAACAUCUGGAGACUUUUGGAUCGGAAAUGAUGUAAUUUCAAAAUUGACAGAUUUGGGUUAUAAUGAACUCAGAUUUGACAUGAAGUAUAAAGGUAAAGACUACUACGCUGUGUACAGAGAUUUUAAGGUAGAAAAUGAAGCAGCAAAGUAUAAGAUGAGCAACACGUCAUUCAGUGGUGGGAAUGUUGGAGACGAGUUUAGUCAGCACAGCGGCGAUAAGUUUACAACCUUUGACUCUGAUAACGAUGAGUGGUCAGAUGGCAACUGUGCUGUAGACUGGAGUAGCGGUGGUUGGUGGUAUAAGGCUUGUCACGGUGUUAACGUCAACGGUGAAUGGGCGAGUCUUGUUAGUAAGAAAGGAAUUCAUUGGCAUAGCAUUACAGACACGUCCGUCUCUCUAGACUUUGUUGAGAUGAAACUUCGUCGCAUGUAAACAACCCGAAACGAUGCUAUGGUAAAAUAAUGGGCAAACAGUAAUCAAAUUAUUUAUAAAAUCUUCAGAACCAUAAACAACAUUACAUAUAUUAAAAUAAAUAGAUGUAAACUUGUAUCUAAGGCAAUAUUUUCUUGAUGAUGAGUAUGACUAAGAAGUUUAAAAUUAAGGAACAUUAAACCAUACAUUUUUUUUUAAAAAUGAUUUUA